CCAAGAGGCAACAGAAAACAUGGUGCAUCAUUUAUCAUCACUAGAGCAAUUACAGGUCCUGCAUUGUUUUUGCUUCGGUACAUCUGGUACAGCCCUGCGAAGUUUUCUCUGCCCACUGGACUGGUUCGUCUGGUUAAUAAGCAGAUCAACUGGCACCUAGUACUUGCAAGUAAUGGUAAAUUGUUGGCAGUUGUUCAAGACCAAUGUGUAGAAAUCAGGUCUGCAAAAGAUGACUUUGUAUCCAUAGUUGGAAAAUGUCAAGUGCCAAAGGACCCUAAUCCUCAGUGGAGGCGAGUGGCAUGGAGUCAUGAUUGUACGUUACUUGCUUAUGCUGAAAGCACUGGAACAGUGAGAGUGUUUGAUCUAAUGGGUAGUGAGCUUUUGGUCAUUUCACCGGUAACAAGUUUUCCAGGAGAUCUGAGUUAUGCUAUUGCUGGAUUGAUCUUUCUAGAAUACAAAGCAAGUGCCCAAUGGUCAGCCGAACUGCUUGUUGUUAAUUAUCGUGGAGAACUGAGAAGUUACCUUGUAAGUGUCGGAACAAAUCAAAGCUUUCAAGAAAGUCAUAGUUUCAGCUUUAGCAGCCAUUAUGUCCAUGGAAUAACUACUGUCAUUUAUCAUCCUGGUCACAGACUCCUCCUUGUAGGAGGCUGUGAAACAGAUGAAGAUGGAGUAUCUAAAGCAACUGGUUGUGGGAUAUCUGCUUGGAGAGUUCUGUCAGGCUCUCCCCAUUAUAAACAGGUUACUAGUUAUGAAAAUGACAUUAGAACAGCACAGAGAAGAGGAUUAUUAAGGAUUAUGAAUUUAAGACUUUACAGCAGGCGGGGAACAGAACAGGAUGGAGUUUUCAAGAUGAAUCUUUCUCCUGAUGGUGCUCUUCUGGCAGCUAUUCAUUUCUCAGGAAAACUGACUAUCUGGUCUAUUCCAUCUCUCAGACAACAAGGACAAUGGGACCAAACUGAUCAGCCAGGUUAUGAUGAGCUCAACCCAGACUGGAGACUCUCUAGUGAAAAAAGAAAGAAAAUAAAAGAUAAAGAAUCCUAUUAUGCAUUGAUAGAUGUAAAUUGGUGGGCAGAUAAUUCUGUCAUCCUGGCUCGCUGCUCUGGUGCACUGACAGUGUCAUCAGUCAAGACGUUAAGAAACUUGUUGGGAAAGUCAUGUGAAUGGUUUGAGAGUUCUCCUCAGGUUACUUCAGCUCAUGAUGGCGGAUUUCUAAGUCUGGAGUGUGAGAUAAAACUUGUUCCAAAAAGAUUACGCUUGGAGAGCAGACCUGGUGAUGAAGAUGAGGGAGAAGAUGACUCUGACUCAGAUGAUGAAACUUCUGCUAAGGACAGAUACUUCAGCUACGUAAAGCAAGCCCUGUACUUUGUGACAGAAAUGGAACGCUUUGCUCCUCCUCGGAAACGUCCCCGUACUAUUACAAAGAAUUUCCGCCUUGUCAGUUUGAGAUCCACGACUCCAGAGGAACUGUACCAGAGAAAAAUUGAUAAUGAAGAAUAUGGGGAAGCUUUGUCUUUGGCUCAAACGUAUGGCCUUGAUUCUGACCUUGUGUAUCAAAGACAGUGGAGGAAGUCGGCUGUUAAUGUUGCUUCAAUUCAAGACUACUUGAGCAAAAUUAAGAAGCGUGCAUGGGUUCUUCACGAGUGCUUGGAAAGAGUUCCAGAGAACGUGGAUGCUGCUAAGAAGCUGCUUCAGUAUGGCUUGAAAGGCACAGACUUGGAGGCUCUUGUGGCCAUAGGAAAAGGAGAAGAUGGCGGCAGAUUUAUCUUACCGGGGGAGGUGGACAUUGAAAUUCCCUAUGAAGACUUUUUGUCACCAGAUGAAGAAAUGGAUACUAAAAAGGAGAAAGAGGCCAAGAAGCAUCAGGAACUGCUAUUAUCAGUAAACUUCUCAAAGCUGACCCUGGAACAAAAAGAACUCUGCCGUAGCAGGCUGAAGCUGUUAACUUACCUUGAUCGCCUUGAAACCUAUGAGGAAAUCCUUGGAGGGCCUCAUGCAGCUGAGCAGCACUAUGAUGGUGAAUUCUUCAAGAAGUUCAGAAAUCAGAAUAUUGUGCUUUCAGCAAGAAGUUAUGCUCGGGAAAGCAAUGUCAGAGCCCUGGAAAUUUUGUUCACUUUCCAUGGAUCAGCUUUACUUCCACACAGACAGGCAAUUCUCUCCAAUUUUCCAGAGACUACUUCACCACAUGAAUAUGCUUUCUUGUUGCCUGAAGCUUGUUACAAGCAAGGGACUUUGAAAAUUCUUCCUUGGAAUGAGCAGAAACAUCGUGAAGAAGACUGGUGUGAAAAAGCAGAAUGCAGGAUGAUUGUUGAACCAACUUUACAAGAUGAAGGUGAAUUUCUGUAUGAAACGCAGCCUGAGUUACUGAAGUAUAGGACUACUGACCUUUCAGUAGAUCUUGUUACUGAUUGGUAUUUGAGCAGAGCACAGGAAAUUGAAAAAUACGCAAUGCAGGUGGACUGUGCUCUAUCCCUUGUUCGUCUUGGCAUGGAGAGGAACAUUCCUGGUCUGCAGGUGCUUUGUGACAAUCUGAUCACUCUUGAGACAGUAGUUUUUGAGACUGGUGGUGAUCGAACCUUAACUUUGAAGGAACUUGUAGAGAUGAAAGACAUUGAAAAGCUGAGACUCUUGAUGAAGAAUUCCUCUGAUGAAAAAUAUGUGAAGAAUGUUUAUCAGUGGAUGAUCCCUUUUCUCCACCGCUGUGAAAAUCAGUCCCCUGGUCUAGCAAAUUCACUUUUUAAAGAAUAUUUAGUAACAUUAGCAAAGGAAGACCUGACUCUACCUCUGAAGAUAUUUCAGAAUUCAAAACCAGCUUGUCAGCAAAAAAUUAUUCCUGAUCAAGACCAGCUGAUGAUUAUGGCAUUGGAAUGUAUUUAUAGUUGUGAACGAGAUAACCAGCUCUCUCUCUGUUACGAUAUUUUGGAAUGCCUUCCACAAAGAGGAUAUGGGCCUGAAACAGAUAAAACUAACACUCUUCAUGAUGAAGUAGAUGAACUGGAACAAAUUCUUAGCGUGUCAGAGCUGUUGGAGAAACAUGGACUUCAGAAACCUGUUUCCUUUGUGAAAGACACAAAGGAUAAUGCGGAGGAGGCGCGGAAGCUGAUGAUUAGACUGACGAGACACACAGGUCGCAAGCAACCAUCAGUCAGCGAGACGCAUUGGAAGGAAUUACUCCAGGAUAUGUUAGACAUGCAGCAGAAAGUAUAUACAUGCUUACAUUCAGAUAUUUGCUAUGAGAUAUUCACAGAAAGCCUUUUAUGCUCAAGCAGUAUAGACAAUAUCCAUUUGGCUGGUCAAAUGAUGCAUUGCAAUAUUUGGUCAGUGGAUCUACCAAGUUCAUCAAAAGGGAAGCCACAGUACCGAGUCAACUAUGCGAAAAGUAUCGAACUAGUUUUGGCUGCUGGCAGAGAGUACUUUAAUUCUUCAACGAGCUUGACUGAUAGCUGUAUGGAUUUGGCCAGAUGCUGUCUACAACUUAUUGGAGACUGUCCGAGCGCUAUUCAGGAGGAACUAGAUCUCAUUCGUGCCCUUGGCUACCUUGAAGAAUUUGGCGUGAAAAUAUUACCUCUACAAG